AUGCCCCGCUCAAAGCGUGCGCGCGUCGUCCACGAGUCCAAGACUCAAAAGAAAGAUCACAAGGAGCAGACCCGCCGGCUCUUCGCCAACAUCCGGGAAUGUAUCGAUGAAUAUGACCAUCUUUUUGUCUUUGCGGUCGAUAACAUGCGCAACACAUACCUAAAGGAUGUGCGCACUGAAUUCUCCGACAGCCGAGUCUUCUUCGGCAAGACCAAAGUCAUGGCCAAGGCCCUGGGCAAUGACGCCGAAAGCGAGGCCGCUCCCAACGUGCACAAACUCACUCCCCUCCUCGCCGGAGCCGUUGGACUGCUUUUCACCAACCGCACUCCGGAAUCCGUGAUCUCCCACUUCAACACCUUCCGUCCCCAGGAUUUCGCCCGUGCCGGAACCAUCGCCACCCGCUCUUUCACCAUUCCCAACGGCCUGGUCACCGCACGCGCCGGCGAGAUCCCCGCUGAACACGACGAGCCCAUCAGCCACACCAUUGAGCCUGCGCUCCGCAAGCUCGGUGUCCCCACCCGUCUGGUGAAGGGCAAGGUCAUGCUCGAGUUGACUGAGGGCGAGGAGGGUUAUCCUGUUUGCAAAGAGGGCGAGACAUUGACUUCGCGACAGACUACAUUGAUGAAGAUGUUCGGUAUCACUUCGUCUGAGUUCAAGGUCGAGCUCAAGGCCUACUGGACUCGGAGUAGUGAGGAGGUGAAGAUCCUCGAGUCUGAGGGUGGAAUGGAUGUUGAUGCAUAG